AUGGAGAGAAAUACGCGACCGAAUCACAGCGAGGAUCAAACGAACUUAACUAUCGAAGAUUAUAAUGCUGCCGUUCUAAGCAUGGAACACAAUCGGCUAGAAUUGGGAUGGAAUAGCGACUUUUCAACGGUUUCUCGCAGUGAAAUGACAACAUCGGAUCAGUCAAAACUGCCAUCUCCUCGCACUGACCAAACAACGCCAUUCCGAAUGCCAGAUAGGAAGUUGUCACAGCCACAAACUACGAGCACAGGAGAAGCAGUAACUUCGUUACGAUCGCCUUCUCCAUUGAGUUCUACAGACACAUAUUACGGUCUACCUCCACUCAUUGAAGCAGUAGAACCAGAAGUACUCGAAGCUUUUGCAAAACCGAGUCCAGAUGAUGAAAAAUGGGUUGCUCAGACACAUUAUUAUUUUGACAACGAAAAAGUCUAUGUACGGAAAUCUACUAUGGCUUUGCGUCAUCCACUUCCAGUCAAUCCUGCACCUUUUCCUUUGUCGAAAGCGAUGGAUGAAUUAAAGCUCAGACCCGAAAAACGCUUCACUAUGCCACAUAACUGA